GGAGCCCGAGUCUCCUCAGGCGGGGCCUUUAGCCUCAGGACAUAGUUGUGGUGAUAGAAGAUCUCACGGCAAUGUUCAGCUUGGAGGAUAAAGAAGGGAGCCUACCAGCAGCAGCAGCCUCCAGUAGGCCCUCGCCUAGUAAAGGAACUGAGAAGAAUCAAGGUGGUGAUAAAUCCCAGAAGCCAAAUGCAGGAGAUGGAGUAGUGAAUGACGACACUGUUUUCGUUCAGCUUCUCAAGGCAGCAGGAAUUUUUCUGAAAGUUGGAGGGAAGAAGAAUGAGCUAGUGGUGGAACAAGUCAUUUUCCAAAAGAAGCUCUUUCAGGAACUAAAGAAACAUGCUCUUUACCCAAGAGUGAUAGAAGAAUUUGUGAGUGGGCUGGAGUCCUACAUUGAGGACAGAGACUGUUUCAGAAGCUGCCUCCAGGCUUGUGAGUGCUUCCAGAUUGAAGAGACUAGAUUGUUCACUCCAUGCUACAAGAGCGUCAUCAAACUGCUGCUGGGAAUCGACAUUUUACAGCCCGCUGUUAUCAGACUUUUAUUUGAAAAGUUUCCACAGUUCAUGUUAGAAAGACCGGGCAGUGAGGAAAUCAGUAUUCCUCAGCUAAUUAUCAGCCAAUUUAAAUGGAUUGACAAAAUCAUCGAUGGCAAGGAUUUCAACACUAAGAUUUUACAGCUGAUCAGCGUUGUUCCAGUGGCCCUACAACAUGACAUCAUCACCAGUUUGCCAGAAAUCCUAGAGGACUGUCAGCGCGGUGACAUGGCCAAAGAACUCUGCAUCCUAAUGAAGCAGAAUAUUGCAUUAACUGUUCCAGUCUUGGAUGUCAUGCCCAGCCUCUACCUUGGACCAGAGUUCCUGGUGGAGCUGCGUCAGUCUCUCAUGACCCAACUUUCCGUUGUCAAGCUGGAAGAUUUACCUGUGAUCGUCAAGUUCAUUCUCCAUUCCAUCACAACCACAAAUGCUCUAGAGGUGAUUGCUGAAUUACGUGUAAAGUUGAGCCUGGAAUCCUGUGUUUUGCCCUCAGAAAUGCAAAGUUUGCAAAAAAGAAAGAAACAAGCAAGUUCUUCUAGAAAUCAAGGCGAUUCCAGCCAGGACUGUAUCGUCCUCCUCUGUGAUGUGAUCAAAUCAGCUCUUAGAUUCCAGAAAUCCAUGUCAGAAGCUUGGAUUAAGGCAAUUGAAAACAUUGAUUCUGCAUCUGACCACAAGGCUCUUGACUUGGUAGUGCUGCUGAUAAUCUGCAGUAUCAACCCUCAGAGUAAGAAGCAGAUAGGGAAGGUGCUGAGGAACAAGGUUCAGUCGGGCUACAUUCAGGAGCCGCUACUGCAGAGGACUUUCUCCGGUCUCCCCGCCGUUUUCAGAGAUUACUUGCCGUCCCUUCUGUCAGUUGCUCAGAUUUUGCUGCGCUCUGUAGAUCACAAUGUGAUUUCUUUUGUCAGCCUCCUAUAUAAACAUGCAUUUUUGUCUUUUGACGCUUACUGUCAGCAGGAAGUUAUUGGCACUCUAGUGAACCAUGUCUGCUGCGGCACUGAUACUGAAGUAAAUAUUUCUCUAGAUGUGCUCUUGGAGCUGGUGGUGCUAAAUCACUCUGCUAUGUGCCUGUGUUCAUCCUUUUUGAAGGGCAUUUUAGAAUACCUGGAUAAUUUGACUCUGGAGCAAAUAAGAAAACUUUUCACCAUGCUCUGCAGACUGGCAUUUAGCAAGGGUCAUGAAGACAGUAGCCACAUGCAGGAUGAGCUGCACAUGGUGAUCAGAAAACAGCUCUUCAGUCAUGUGUCUAAGUACAAACUAAUAGGGGUUAUCGGUGCUGUGUCCAUGGUGGGCACCCUGAUUGAACGCAGAAUUGAAGCUUCUAAAGUCAAUCCAGUUGAAGAAAAACUGACUGAUGAAACAAAAGAACAGGUGACUUCUUUGUUGGAGCUGAUUUGUUCCUGCAGUGAGAACUCCCCGCAAGCCUCUGUGCUCUAUUAUGAUGAAUUUGCCAACCUCGUCCACAAAGGAAAUUUGGCUUCGCAAACCGUGGAGUGGAUUGAGCAGACAAUGUUGAAUGCUUUCCAGGAUGCCUUCGUGGUGGACCAUAACCCAGCUCAGGAAGGGGCUGACCAGUCACCUGUGAAAGCUUUGUACCAACUGGAAGAAGAGUCUGAGGGUGAAAUUGCUAUCAACCUCCUGCCACUGCUGGCCCAGCAGGAUCUCAAGAAAAAUAUUUGGGAUUGGACUCCCACAGACCCUGAGAAGAAAAUGGUGUCUCCAGUAUGCCUGCCGCCCUUUUUCCGGUUACUGAGAAUUUGUGUGCAGAGGCAAAAUGCUGGAAAAUUGGAUGACAUUGAAGGUUUAUUAGUUUGCCCUCUAUACUUCUCUGACUUGGAGUCCCAAGAGACACUGGCUUCCAUGCUCCAAGAGGAACGUUCAUUCAAGUGCUCACUCUUGUUCCUCGCUAUCAACUGGUUCCGGGAGCUUGUGAAUGCCUUCUGUGGACAGAUUGACCCCGACAUAAAGGAAAAACUCAUUGCCCGGCUAAAGCACAUUAUAGAGCUGCAGACUGUGCUGGAAAAGUACUUAGCAGUUACCCCUCGCUAUGAACCUCCAGUAGCGAACUUUGAUUUCGAGUCUUUGGAUGGAAUACCCCAUGUUAAGCCUGCUGUUUUAGGGAAAACCAGAAAAAAUGCAGGGCCAGGAGGAAGAAAGCGGAAGGCCGAUGGCAGCAAAAUCUCUUCUCCGGAAAAACUUGGGAAAGAGGUCAGCCGGGAAGGUGAUCAGUCCCAGAAUGUCAAGAGUCAAUUAAAAAAGGACCCGAAGAAGGAGAAGCUGCCUUUAGUGUCCCUUCAGAAUUACAACACCUUCUUCCGAGAGCUGGAUCUUGAGGUGUUUUCCGUUCUCCAUUGUCGACUGUGGACUCCAUCUCCAUUGGCUGCUGAAUUCCUCUCGGUGGACCCUGAACUUAACCAGCUGGAGCCCCCCCAUCUCCUCUUCCUGCUGGACGAUCUCUUCCGGAAGAUGGAGAAUUCAUUGCCUCCUCUUGCCAAGCGGUCACCGUUCCUUACCAGCAAAAGAAGCAAGAACGUCGGCUUCUCCCAUCUGCAGCAGAAAUCAACCGAUGAAAUUGCUCGGUGCUUUUUGCAGCUGCUGACCCCGUUGAGUAACCACAUGGAGGUCAUCCAUAACUACUUCCAGGUCUUAAUUGACGAGGACAAGGACAUGGAAGAUGUACUGAGUGUGCAUGGACAGGCCCAACAGGUCCUGGCUUCCUGUUACCUCCGGCUGCUGCAGAUUUUUCAUGGGCUGUUUGCCUGGAAUGGAUUUUCUCAGCCUAAAAAUGAGAACUUGCUGAAGUCAGCCCUGGAGGUGCUUGCAGGCAAACUGUAUCAAGGAGACAGUGAAUUGCCCGAAGAGGAACUGUUCAGCCUGACUUUUCGCUACUUGAGGAAUUUCCAGCCCAGUAUUCCUACUUUCCAGUGUGGCCUUUAUCUCAUUAAGCUCCAGGUUGCCAUCGCUGAGAAAUCCCCGGGCCGCCAGCACAAAGAUAAAAUAGCUUCCCAGGCCAAAAUGUUCCUCUGCAAAGUCUGGCUGAAGCCGAAUGGGGAGAAAGAGAAGGGCAGUGGCUUUAAUGACCAGCUCCAGUCCCUACUCAGCAUUUACCUGACCCACACAGACAAUAUCCUGAAGGCCAUAGAAGAGAUCGUCAUGGUUGGUGUUGAGCAGCUAACCAAUUCGCCCAAAGAAGCACAUUCUUCCAUUUUCCCUACGCUCUCCCGGCAGACAUUUUUGGUUUACUUUCGGGUGAUGAUGAUUGAGCUGGAGAAGACAGUGAGGACCUUCCCUGCCAACGUGCCGACAGACAUCCAGGAGCUCAGAGAGAAGUUUGUGUUUUGGAAAAUGGCCGUCAAGGACUUCCACAUCCUUAUUAGCCUUGUUAAGGUUUACGACAGUUGGCCGAUCCUGAACGUGUCUCUGAAGUACGGUCGCCUUUUUGUGGAUGGAUUCCUUAAGCAGUGUAUGCCACUCCUGGACAGCACUUUUAAAAAGUACUGGGAAGAAGUUGAUUACUUACUGAAAAUCUUUCAGCUGAGUACCAGACAACUUCACAACAUGUGUAGCCACUCUAAGAUUCACCAGGACGUGCGCCUGACUAGCCAUGUGCCUUCGUUAAAGAAAUCCCUAGAGAUGCUUGUCUUGAGAGUAAAAGCCAUGCUGAUCCUCAACAACUGCCAGGAGGCUUUCUGGCUGGGCAUUCUCCGAAACAGGGACCUGCAGGGUGAAGAAAUCCUGGAACCAGAUUCCCAGGAAGAGGAGAGUGAGAUGGAGUCAGUUUCCCAGCUCUCCAGGCAGGAAGCAGAAAAGGACAAUGGAAACAAAGCAAGCGGUAGUGAGAGUGACUAAGAGGAUGAUGAAAACGAUAGCGCUGAUAAGACCUCGGCGAUAACCGAGAGAGGUACUCUGGAUGUCUCUCAAUCAUGUUCCUACAUCACAGAACGGCCUUCGAACCGUCAGUUGAGACCGCGAAGGGACACCUCGGCUGAAUCUACCAGGCAGAGGUUUGCUGACUCCUGCCAUUAGCAAACCCAGUACUUGCUUCAGUCAGCUUUAGGCUUGGCCUUUGCGUCUGAAAUAUACUAAGCCCAGACCUCUGGUAUCUUGGCAGUUCAACUUGGAAGCACUUUGGAUUGUCUUUGAACCUCGAUUUGCACUGUCCACUUUCCGUUAACUGCUCUCCACUGCUGUCUUGACUACUGAACUUUCUUCCGUGCGUUCCAUGGCCUUCGUCUUCUUUUUCCCCACCACACCUCCUUAAUUGUUCAGUGUUUCAGUGAAGGUGGGGUCGCUGGCAAGGAGGGGCGGCAAAGGGGAGGAUACUUAAAAAAGCCAAAGCCAGUUCUCAGCAGAACUGAGGGAACACAGCUUUAAGAAUCGUAAAUUUGCCUCCCCAGAAGACAUUUCGUUUGCGAUUACCCCGAAACGCGGCUUCUGGCUUCCAGAUGCCUGCCCGGAGGUAGUUCAUGUUUCAUUUAAAACCGGAUGGGAAGUUGGCAAGGGGCCUUCCUGCUGUUGCUAUUUUUAUCGUCUCACAUACCGCAGAGGAAGAAAAUCUAGCCUUUCUGUGGAUUUUCCAUUUUCACGGUCCUUUUGCUCUAUCCCUUCUGAGGUUAUUAAGGUGGAUUUCUCAAUCCCAUUUAGCCCAUGCAGGGCAGAGUACCGGUUCACUUUAUAAAUUAGAAUGUAUUCUGAUUUCCAGUUCAGCUGUGGCAGUUCCCCUUGAAAGCCAGUGCGCUGCUUAGAAAUCACGUUCAGAGCAAUGGAUUAAGAGCGUGUUUUUGAAUAAAAACCAAACUGAAUGCAGAAAGCUUUUCCCUUGUGCUACCCCCGGUCUUUGUUCAGGCCUUUUUUCUCCCAGUCUUUAAUAAUAAUAAUAGUGAUGUUACUAUCCUUCCAUUCCUUGUGUGUGUGUGUGUGUGUCUGUCUGUCUCUUUUUUCUGAGCAAAUGAACCAACUCCCGAAUGGUGGACCAUCUGGUGCCACUCCACCCAGGAACACAAAAAGCCACGACUGUCAUUUACACUUUCGUGCUACUAAAUUCUC